GGUGGGUGAGAGUGUCAGCUGAUCAGACGGGAAAUUUGUUAACGAAAGUAUCCGGCAUAGCCAUGUCCCGUGUUAGAGACCAGGGUCUCGGUCGAUUACUACGCGUAUGACAACUCAUCUGCUCAAAUUACAUUACUGAAUAAUAUAUUUUACAGCAGUUGUAUCCUUGAUUCCGAGUCUUCUAAAAAGGCUCUGACACCAUGCUAGCCACAGUGACAGCUGUGGUUAGUUUUUCUCAGUACAAUGGCAGUGUUUCACCUACGCCGCUGGGAAACACAACAGCAUUCUCCACCUGGCAACCUGAUACCCAAAACAACAUCACAAAGCCUCACAAAUGCCUGCAAGUUCUGUAUGAGGACAUUGGACAAUCCAGGGUACGGUUCUGGGACAUUUUACUGCUUGUGCCUAAUGUGGCCUUCUUUGUAUUCCUGAUGUGGAAGCUGCCCUCAGCCAGGGCAAAGAUCCGUCUCACCUCUAGCCCCAUCUUCGUCACCUUUUACCUGCUGGUUUUUGUUGUUGCAGCAGUUGGAAUCACCCGGGCUAUAGUGUCCAUGACUGUCAGUGCAUCCAGCGCUGCCACCAUUGUAGACAAAGUGCUGUGGGAAAUCACUCGUUUCUUCUUGCUGGCUAUUGAGCUCAGUGUCAUCAUCUUGGGACUGGCUUUUGGCCACCUGGAGAGCAAGUCCAGCAUAAAGCGCGUGCUGGCUAUUACUGCUGUGCUCGCUCUGGCGUACUCCAUCACACAGGGUACGUUAGAGAUACUGUAUCCUGACAGUCAUCUGUCAGCUGAGGACUUCAACAUCUAUGGUCACGGCGGACGACACUUCUGGUUGGCAAGCUCCACCUUCUUCUUUCUGGUGUACUCUUUGAUUGUGAUCUUGCCUAAAACUCCGAUAAGGGAGAGGAUACCUCUGCCGUCUAAGAGGAGUUUCUACGUCUAUGCUGCCAUCCUGUCGUUGCUGAACCUCGUUCAGGGCCUGGGCAGUGCUCUGUUGUGUGCUGAAGUCAUCGAGGGACUCUGCUGUGUGGAUGUCACAACGUUCCUGUACUUCUCUGCCUUUGCUCCGCUCAUUUAUGUCACAUUCCUCAAAGGCUUCUUUGGUUCAGAGCCCAAGAUCCUGUUCUCCUACAAGUCACAGGUAGAUGAGCCAGAUGAAACUGACGUCCACCUUCCUCCAACCAUCGCUGCAAACCUUGCCCGUAAAGAGCUGACCGACCAGGGCCUGUACUAUUCCUCCACCCAGAUUGAUGGCUCUGGUCCGAGCAGUACUCGCAUGGUUGGAGCGUACCUGGAUGAUGUUGCCUCCGGACCCUAUGGGUCCAGCAGCAUUAACAGCGUUGAAGCUGACCGCUGGAGACCUAUCAUUGUGUGAAAGGGUGGAGAAUUGUACAGCUGGACUUAAAGUGUUGUGCAUGUGUAGUGUUUUAAGCAAUUUGCGGAUCAGCGAAAUCGGUGCAGUACAAAGCAGUUGGACACCAAGGAAGGUGAUAUUGGUCUUUUUUUGGAGGCCAGAAAGAGUGAACACUUAAAAACAAGCUUUUGCUAGCUUAUUUCUGGAGGACUGUGAAUUUAGCAUUUGUAACAUUGUCCAGAGUGCAUUGCUGCUGCUGCUGCUGCUCCACACUGGGAUUACUGCCCCUCAUUGUGGCCCCAACAGGCUCGAUAUUCAUUCUGCGCCACAGGCUCUUAUUUCUGGGAGUUUAUUGACUCGUCUCACCAUAUUUCCUGUCAUUCCAGCGCUGAAUGCAACAAUGAAUAUUUCAGAUCACACUGAUGGUGUUUUAAACCUAUUUUAAGUACAAAAGUUCGUCAAGUUGAUCAAACGUUCUUGUGAUGAAAACUUUACAUCUGUACAUUCCCACUGAAUACUUUUCAGUAACAGCAUCUCACCUGACUUCAGAUUUGUGACCGAUCAGGCUGAUCAGUCCGUAUUUGUCCCUUUGCUUUUCGGAACACUGCAAAGACUUGUGCUGAUACAUUUGGUGUGUUGACAAGUAAAACAGUGUUGUCAUGAUGUAUGUCACUGCAUUAAAAUAGGGAACUGCUAAAUACAGGCAAUACAUUAGUGUUAAGAUCUCUGACAUUUUAACCUUUAACAAUUGAAGCCAAAACUUGUGCAUAAGCGCUUCUCAUUUUGUUUCAUUUUAUUUUGUGCUUUUUACUUUAAUUUCUGAUUAAUCAUUCCUGCCAUCAACAGGCUUGACAUUCAUUAAGCAAGUUAUGUGUUUCUGUGUGAUUUGAACAAAAGAUAUGCACAAACCUGUUUGUGUAUUCCACUUCAAUCAUGCAUUUAUAAGCAGCAGUUUUCCAGGUUUGCUUGCUGCCAAAUGCUGCUGUUGCAGAUUUAAUUUUAUUUUUUUCUGUGUUCAAAGUUUUCACAAAUGUUACAAUAAGUGAUGAGAUCAGAUCGGAAACAAUUGUUUAUUUUUGUAGUAUCCAAUGGGAGUAUUGAUGCAGUUUCAUUGCAUCGUUUCAACUUUUGACUUCCUUCUGAGAAACAAGAUCAGACAUUAAAGGUGGAUAAUUUUAUACAGUGAUGAGUAUAAAGCAUACUGUUGCCAAGGAAUAAUUCUGGAGGAAUUUUUAUUCUUCCUCUAUUAUAAUAAAACAAUAUUUGGUAUGAGUUGAUUCCUGUGUUUAAGCUAUCGGUAUUCAUUGGUGUAGUGUUGUGACCUGUAUGCAGAAAAUAGAGGGUUGCGUUUUUUUUUUCAUCAUAUUUCAAAAACAAAUAAUUAUUGUGAUUCAUUUGCAUUUUCCUCCUGACUUUGAAAUAUUUUAUCCUCAAAUGUGAGUGCUGGUGAAAAUUGUGUUAUUUGGGGUGAUGGAUUGGAAUAUUCUUUUUCAUGACAUGAGUUCACAAGUUGCAUCACAACAUAAUUCCACUUUCCUAAAAAAAAAAAAAAAAAAUGUAUUUAAUGGUGAAAUCAUUUGCAAAUGUUGCUUAAAAUUGCCUUUUUUUUUUAAGUGCAUUUAUUGUACAGCAUUCCAGCCAUGUUAAUGCGAUGUGUUGAGCGCUCCAUGAACUAAAGAAUAAACCGUGGACUCUUUGAUUUA